UUAUUCGGGGCAGAACCUGUAAAACAAGUUUGUCAGGUGUCAAAAACUUCCGAAAUAUUCUUAAUAAUUGAUUUGUCCGAAGUGUUAACGCUGAUUGACGGGAAUAAUAAAUUGUAACAGUUCAAAAUAGCAACUGCAAUAACACUAUCGAAUCGAUAACCACAGGGACGUGAAGGAUAUGGUGUUUGCCUGGUGUUAUCGAUCACUCUGCUGGUGUUUAAAUAAAUAAAAUUAUCGCCUUGGUGAAUAAAACUACAAAUGGGAUUGGGAAUAUUAAAACUUUCGUUAUGACAAGCCAAGUGGAGUCUGAAAUUUCUGUAUAAAUCAUGUAGUAGUGAAUUAAAAGUUGUGAAGACCAUUGUCAUCGAAUGGACAACUCAUUCAAUUGAAAAUUUCUUUAUAAAAAAUUAAUGGGUCAUCAAUUAUCAGGGACAUAAUAAAAUCACAAAUACAUAUUACAAUUUAUUAUCGAAUUUGAAUGAAAGGAACGUCUAGUGUUAACCUCCCUACGGAAAACGAAAGACUAAUUAAAAACUAAUUGAAGUAACUGAAGAAAAAUGGGUUCUGAGCAGAGUUCACAGGGCUCUACGAGUCAAACCCAAUCCCGAGGGCCACUUCGUCGAGGAAAAAGCGUUCCCAAUCGAGAGCGACUACCAGACGACACUCCCCCUCGAUCAACAAGUCCUGGUCCAAGUAUUUGUUCAGACUCAGACCUGCCCUAUAUAUCGUACACCGUGAAUCAACCCAUUGGAGACUCCCCAAAGAUGUCCAACAAGCAUUUGUCCAGAGGCAAGAGUUUUGGUUCCGACGUGUCUCGACGAAAGUCCAGUCUAGGAUCGAGGAAGAUAACGACUUCCAAGGCUCAUAACAUCGUUGUGGUGAAGCCAGCUGUGUCUGACCCAGCUGCUGAUAGAGAUCCUGAUUUAGUCAGGCUCCAGAGCAUCCCCAUGUUCCUCCCGAUUAUGCGGGGAACACUGAACCUUCCCCCAGGGGUGAGGGACCCUGAAAUUCUCGAGAGGCUUGAUCCCCUGGGGUUGUUCAAUCUCUGUGCAAGAUAUCAGCAUCAUCUAAAUGCAAAUGCUCAGAUGAUCGCUGGCGAGCAACAAGCAUUGUGUGCUAAUAUCGAUGCUGAGGUGAACAGGAUCAUGGCACAGGCAGUGGAGAGGCAGAAGAAAUUCGCGAAAUUUGCUGAACACAUGAACAAGGUUCACGAACUCAGCAGACACCUAACCAAGUGCCAUAUGCAAUUGAAUCAGACUCUGGAGAGUCUCGAGACCCUGAAUAAUCUACUGCCUAUUAAGGAUCGGCUGGAACCUUUCGUCUGGACUACCGGAUAGUUGAGCAUUUUUUAAAGUGAUUCUCAGAGUGUCGGAGGCCUCACGAUGGUACAUUUCAUCAAAAUGGUACAUUUCAUUGUUCGUGGGUGAUUCGUGUAGCCAAUUUCAGUGU